AUGGCAGCAAUACCUCUUGAGAAGACGCUCUAUGUCGGAACAUUUAUCCAUUCGGAAUCUCUCACGGAAUUGGAUAUCUGUCCGAAUGGGAUGAUUGGUGUUGAUGAGAAGGGGAAAAUCGCUUUCAUUUCGAGGGAUGUGAAAGGAGCUCCGAUCCCGGUGCAAGAAGGAUGGGAAAAUGCGAAAAUCGUCAGAUGCGAUGAUGGCAGUGGGAAGAAUGUGGGAUUCUUUUUCCCUGGGUUUAUAGGUAGGUACAUGACAUGACGUGAACCGAACGAAAAGAGCAGGAGAGGACAGUGCUGACGAACGAAUGACGAGAGCAAUAGAUACACACAUCCACGCGCCACAAUUCCCCAACGCCGGAAUCUUCGGAAAGAGUACUCUCCUGGAUUGGUUGAACACGUAUACCUUCCCCCUAGAAUCCUCGUUCAAAGACUUGAACCUCGCGGCGAAAAUCUAUAACCGUGUCGUCGCGCGCACGCUCUCCCACGGGACGACGACGGCAUGCUACUACGCCACCAUCCACGUGCCCGCGACGAACCUCCUGGCGGAUAUCUGCCACUCCCGCGGCCAGAGGGCUUUCGUCGGGCGGGUCUGCAUGGACCACCUUUCGCCGGACUACUACCGCGACGAGAGCGCCGCGGAGAGCCUCGAAGGCACAAAAGCCUGCAUCGCACACGUGCGACACAUCGACCCGGACUUCGACCUCGUCAGUCCCAUCCUCACACCCCGCUUCGCGCCUUCGUGCUCCCCCGCCGCCCUGGAAGGCUUAGGAAAAUUGCACCGAGACACGGGCAUCCCGGUGCAGACGCACAUCUCGGAGAAUUUGGCGGAAAUCGAACUGGUCAGGAAGACCUUCCCGGAGAGCAGACACUACGCGGACGUCUACGACUCCUUCGGCCUGCUGACGCCCAAAACCAUCCUCGCGCACGCCGUGCAUCUCUCCGCGGACGAGCGCGCGCUGAUCAGAGCGCGGGGGGCCAAGAUCUCGCACUGCCCGGCGAGCAACACCGCGCUGACGAGCGGCUGCUGUCCCGUGCGGCAGCUCCUGCGGGAGGGCCUGACCGUCGGCCUGGGAACGGACGUCUCCGGGGGUUAUACCUCGAGCAUGCUCGCCGAGUGCCGCGAGGCGCUCUUCACGUCCCGCCACCUGGCCAUGCACUCCGAGCCGGAAGCGGAAGUGAAACUCGCCGUGGAAGAAGCGCUGUACCUGGCCACCCGGGGUUCGGCGAGAGUCGUCGGCUUGGAGGGCAAGAUAGGCGGGUUUGAGGUGGGGAUGGAGUGGGAUGCGCAGAUGGUGAGGCUGGCGACUGUGGGCGAUGGGUUGGAUUUGGAGGAGGAGAAGGAGGGCUUGGUGGAGAUUUUCGGGGGGGAGAGUUGGGGAGAUAAGGUCGCGAAGUGGGUCUACACGGGUGAUGAUAGGAACACGAUGGCGGUCUGGGUCAAGGGGAGAUUGGUGCAUUGCAGGGAAAACUUCAAGCCGUGA